AGGGAAAUGGCGAAUCGUGUUGUCGCCACCCUUCCGCGCAUUCGUGCUACAAUAGGGCAUAUACCUCAGCGACUAAAGACAGCCAACAUCGAGCCAAGCUCUCGAGCCCGGCUUGAGAUUCUUCGUCGUAUCGUUACACGUCUAGUCCGUGAAGAACGAAUUGAGUUGCCAUGGAAUAGAGCUGUAGAAGCUCGACCGUACCUAGAAAGGUUAAUCCAACUUGGAGUUGAAAGAGGUGAACAUGAUGAAUACACCACAGAAAUGAUGGAAUGGUGGUUACCCGAGGUGGAUCUAAUCACAAAAAUGCAUAAGCAAUGGAUUAAUGAAUAUGUUUUUCUGGUUAUUGUACCGCGAUUUGUUGGCAUCGAUGGACCAUUCACGUCAAUAUAUCGUCUUCCAAAACAACGUCUUAUGCAGAGCACAGGACCCAGAUAUGAACGAUGGAGAAGAGUCGAUAUUGCUAUAUUGGAAAUCGAUGGAAAUCCUUUCCCGCCUGUAUUAGGCGAAAAACCUGACAAUUCGUCGUCACUGCUGAAUAUUUUGCUACGGGAUAGUCUUCAGAACCGGUUAAAGAAGCUUCAAACGAGAGUGAAAGAUUAA